UCUUGGUCGUCAGAAACUCAGGGUUGCAGCAGAACAUUCCCCUUUCGUCUUAUCCCCCCUCAUCAUCGUUUCGCCGUUUUUUAAGAAAAUCUUACGCACCAUUCAUUUUCACUCAUUCUCCCCCCAAAUCAUUUCUUUCUUUCUAUUUUUACCCUUUCCGAACUGUAGUUGUAGUUUUUGCGGCCAGUUGCAUGCAUUGUUCGUCUCCCAAAAUGGUUUGCGAGACUAAAAUUGUUGCGGAUGAACACGAUGCUAUACCUGGGACCAAAAAAGAGUCGAUGAUGUGGAGCUCUCCAGCCUCUAGCGUGGCUCUUAACCCAGCUGAGGCGAAGGAUGUGAGAAAUAAUGCGGUUUUUAUCCGCGAGUUUGAGCGCGAGGAUCAAGAGGAGGUGCGGCGCAUCUUUUACGAGGGUAUCAUGGAGCGGAUACCCAACACGGCGUUUAGGGGGAUCAAACAGCAGCCCAAGACCCAAUUUUUAUAUGCUCUUCUGACAGUAAUGUGCUUUUUCAUGACCAAAUCUGUCACGCUGACCUGCUGUGCACCCCUGAUUCUCAUGGGUGCGCGCUACUACUACAGCAGGAAAGUUAUCCACACUUAUCUGGACUGUGCUCUGCACACGGACAUGGCUGAUAUAGAGGCUUAUUACAUGAAACCCACAGGGUCUUGCUUCUGGGUGGCAGUGCUUGAUGGACGGGUGGUUGGCAUUGUCGCGGCGCAGGGUCACGAGGAGGACAACACCGUGGAGCUGCGACGCAUGUCGGUGGACUCCCGCUACCGUGGUAAAGGCAUCGCCAAGGCGCUGGGUCGUCGUGUUCUGGAGUACGCCAUGCGCAACAACUACGCCGCCGUGGUCCUCGGCACAACGGCCGUCAAGUUGGCCGCCCACAAGCUGUACGAGUCGCUGGGCUUCCGCAGAACGGGCCAGAGCGAGGACUACAGGCUACCCGGCAUGAGCCGCUCGCCGCUGGAGAGGCUCUUCUUCCAGAUCCGCCACAGCCGCUACCGCCUGCAGCUUCGUGAGGAGUGAGAGGUGACGGGGAGAGAGAGAGAUGGAGAAGGGGAGAUGGAGGAAGAGAGGGGCAGAGAGAGCAAUAACCCUCGUUCACCUCAGAGCCCCGCCUGCAUCCUCUCCUCUGACAGCUUUUAUUUACUUCAUGUCAUUAGAGAUGUUUGAGUAACACUUCUAUCUCAUCAAGUCACUAACGUUUUUUUUUUAUUAAUAUUUCACUUUUGUUGUUAUUUUUUGUAUUAUACUU